AUAAAUGCAACAUUCUUCCGUCUUCAAAGGCCAACGGCCAGCCCAGAUUCUUCUUUCUGCCUUCAACUUCUCCCCUCUCUGUUCUUCCAUGGCUAUCUUUGCCUUCCAUUUUUGUUUCCCAACCCUCCCCUGAACGAUUUACUGCGUGCCCGAUUGUUCUAGUUUCAGCAGCUUUCUUCUCCAUCGCUCUGCAAUUUCUGCUGAUACGCUGGUACAUAGGUAAGACGGAAUCCAAUCUGAACCGGACCAACCAGGCAAGGAGUGGCGAGUAGAACUGGUAUUGCGUUCUUUAUUAUACUAGAGAAGAUGAUUCUGCUGAUAAAUGGCUCUUCCGGGUUGAGAAUGUGCCUUGUGGUGUCCAGAAUUCUCAAGGGAACUGCCUUUGCAGCACUCACUUGCGUCUUUGCUGCGGUCGGUGCUCUUGUGGGUUGUGCUGCCGGAGCUUUAAUUGGCCAAACAAAAGAAAUUGGAUGCGCUCGUGGUGCUAGAAUUGGAGCUUUCAGUGGCGCUGUGCUAUCAAUUGAAAUGCUUGAAUCAACAGCUGUUGGUGGACAGUGGUCCUUGAUGGACAUCUUCGUGAGCUUGGUCAAUGGGAAGAUUUUCCAGGAAUGGGUUGGUGAAGCGAUGCUGGCUGCAAAUCAACCACAGGGUAGCAUGGUCCGCCCGAUAUUGGACGAACACCUAAGCAUAUUUGACAUAGGCAACACAAGAGGGAUGCUGCCGGACUCUGUUAAGAAGCUGCCAACGUUUGUCUUCAGUUACCAAGAGAAGAAAAAGAUUUCAGGAGAUGAGGUCCCUUGUGCUAUCUGUCUACAGGAAUUUGGUGAAGGUGACACUGUCAGGAGAUUGCCCAAGUGCAGGCAUCACUUUCACAUGGCCUGCAUAGAUAGGUGGCUGACAAUAGAUGCUUCUUGCCCAACUUGCAGACAACAUGUUGGCUAAGUUCUUCCUACUUCCAGAUCUAGAGAAAGGUGAACCAGCUCCUUCCAUUCAGGUGCAUCGACAGUGUUGAUCCCAUAUGUUUCUGCAGCCUUUGUUUGGAGAGGGUAGAUCAGUUGCAUCACAACCUUUGUGUAGUGUUGUAGAUGUCAAAUUUUCCUUCCUUUCUUGUCAGUAAAAGAAAAAAAAAAUUUUCCACGGAUGCCCAAAGGAAAGUUGAUCACUUUAAUGGAUUAUGACAGUCGUGUGUGAAAAGAAAACUACUAUUGGAAAGGGUUUUUUUGUGUCCAUGGUGAAUUUUACUGGAAAGGGUGUCCGAGAUCAGCAUGAAACUUCUUUUCCUUACUGCAUCAUCUGCUGCAGAGCUCUCAUGAUCAAAUGGGAACACAAAGAGAGUAUUUUCUAUGGAAAAGAACAGAUUUAUUGACAAGUUUGCAGCAACAGCUGAUGUUUAAUGGUUUAGUACUUUCUACUGCCCCAUUGUAAAGUCAGGUUGGAGAAUGUUGCUUUCUGGUGCAAUACCUGUAAAUAUAUACUGUUUUACUUCAUUCCCAAGCUUCUUUCCCCUUGCUGCUCAUAA